AUGGAAAAGUUUACACGAAGUAGAGUUAUCAAUCUGAUUCAAAUUCAUCCAUCUAAGAAAUAUGUUAUGAUUUUAAAUUAGUCAAACUAAGUUACCAUAUUCAAAGAUUACUUGGUAAAAUCAUUUGCUUUUGACAAUACUGGCUUAUAUAUGAUGGUUAUAUCGACUUAAGACGAUGAUUAGUCACUCCUUAAGUUGAAUAUAGCUCAUCCUAUUUAUAGUCAUUUAAGAAUUAUUUAACUAGGUACUGGUGUUGAAGUGAGAUCUAUAGAUCUUAGAUUUGACAUUGAACAUUAUCAAUGGUCUUAUGAUGGCAGAUUCAUCAUGUGUACAGCAAGAGACAGCAACAUACAGACAUUGAUUACUAUUGAUAAACCUAUAUGUGAAAGCAUCUUGAAUGCUUAUGAUCAUAAUAGCAGAGGAAAGGAUUUAUGGACAAGUCAUAAGUUUAAUCUACCUAAAGAAUUAUUUGUUAUUACAUAGGAUAUGUACCGUAAUCUAAUUAGUUUGUAAUCUGUCAAGUAAAAUGUGAUUAAGAGACCUUAGUUUAUAAGAGAGCAAGUUCAACAUGGUAUUUAAGAUUAGUCUGAUUAUUUGACAACCUAGGGAUUCUCAACUCUGAGAAAAAGCGCAGACAAAUCUGUGUUGAAUUAUAGAAUAACAUAAAAAAGUGCAAAGGACUUGUACUAAAGUUUAAGGAAUUUCUCUCCUAGAUCUAUUAAUAAUCUAACCACUACACAAGGUGAUGGCUAAUGGCGAUAUACAAAUGAUAGCAUGUAUAAAUAGAAAUAGUUGAGAUAGGUGGCAAUGACUUCAAACAGAUUUAUAGAUGUAGAUCCAGAAGAUAUAGAUUAGGAUGUUGAUUAGUCAGAUAACUAUAAAUAAAAUAAUGAGUAGUAGUACUAGGAAGAUGGAGAUUAUAUUGUUAACGAGUAUGACGAGAUGAGAUACAAUUAUAAUAAUUGA